GAGCCGAAGGAGUCGCUGGCGGCCGCGAGCGCGACGGCGGCGAGAAGGGAGCCAGCCGGCGCUGAUUCUUAUGGAAAACUGUUUUUGAAGAGAAAUCUAUUUGUUGGAAUGCAAUAAAAAAAGAAUGAAUCAAGAUAAAACCUCUAAGUGCAAGUACCAGAAAAAUUACAACACAUCACAGUGAAUUUGCAAGUGGAUCACCCUUCCUUGUGGGUUUGUAGGCAGUUGUUGGACUGCAAAAUGGGUCUCCGGAUUCACUUUGUUGUUGACCCACAUGGUUGGUGCUGCAUGGGUGUGAUUGUCUUUGUCUGGUUAUACAAUAUUGUUAUAAUUCCAAAAAUUGUCCUCUUUCCUCACUAUGAAGAAGGACAUAUUCCAGGCAUAUUAAUAAUAAUAUUCUAUGGCAUUGCAAUAUUUUGUCUGGUUGCCUUAAUAAGGGCCUCAAUAACUGAUCCAGGAAGACUCCCUGAGAACCCUAAGAUCCCACAUGGAGAAAGAGAGUUCUGGGAAUUAUGUAACAAGUGUAACUUGAUGAGACCAAAGCGUUCCCAUCACUGCAGCCGCUGUGGCCACUGUGUUAGGAGAAUGGAUCAUCACUGUCCAUGGAUUAACAAUUGUGUUGGUGAAGAUAAUCAUUGGCUCUUUCUGCAGUUGUGUUUCUACACUGAACUUCUUACUUGCUACGCGUUGAUGUUUUCUUUCUGCCACUAUUACUACUUUCUUCCACUAAAAAAACGUAACUUGGAGGACCUCUUUGUUUUUAGACAUGAAUUGGCCAUAAUGAGACUAGCUGCCUUUAUGGGGAUUACUAUGUUAGUUGGAAUAACGGGACUCUUUUAUACUCAACUAAUUGGCAUUAUCACAGAUACAACGUCCAUUGAAAAGAUGUCAAACUGUUGUGAAGAAAUAUCGAGGCCCCGAAAGCCAUGGCAGCAGACCUUCUCAGAAGUUUUUGGCACUCGUUGGAAGAUCCUGUGGUUUAUUCCUUUCAGGCAGAGGCAACCACUGCGAGUUCCCUACCACUUUGCCAAUCACGUCUAAACAGAUGGAUGGUGGGCACAGAUGGGUCCUCCAUGCUGGAAAUGCGUUACAGGUUUUCUGAUAAUAGAACGAUGACAGUCUUCAAGUCAAUUAAAAUCCACCCACCAAUCUUAGGCAUCAUAAUGUGCCCCAGGCUUUAUUUUAAUAGUGAU